AGAAAAUGAAAAAGAAGAGAAAGUUAGUUAGAGUUGGUGGCAAUUUGCAGAGAAAAUGGAAAAGAGUGGGAAAUCAGAAGCGGCGUUACGUCGCUGCGCAAAAGCUGCAUUGCUUCUCCAUUCCUUCAAUUCCUCCAACUCCCAACACCAGGAAAAGUGGGAGAGAGAAAUCCAUGACCUGAAAAUUCAGUUGGUGAAAGAGCGUUUCAUGAAGAAGAAGAUCAAGCUCUGCGCCAUGGCGGAGCUGUUCCUUCAGCUCCUCUUGUGUCUCUCCAUUUCGACCUUCCUCCUCUUCUACUUUCUUUGAUCUACAGAGACUCUUCUUCUCGCUUAGCCAAUAUAAACUCUUCUACUUCCUUAAUGUCCACACGCACUGUAUGCUAAAUGAAUUUUUGCUCUCAUUUUAAAUCACCCGCUCUUUGCUUUGAAUCUCAUAAUUGGAUAUUUGAUUUUU